GUCACCAGCUCAGAUAAAAUACCUGACCGCAGUUCAGCGGCAACACCUGUAACCACCUCAGAAGAAACCACAUCUAGCCCAAUUUCAGAAACUACAACCACCGUCGGUACAGACACUACACCUACCACUACCACAGAGACUACACCAGCCGACACAGAGACUACACCAGCCGACACAUCAGAAACAACACCCUCAACCACGUCAGAGACUACACCAGCCGACACAUCAGAAACAACACCCUCAACCACGUCAGAGACUACACCGGUCGACACAUCAGAAACAACACCCUCAACCACGUCAGAGACUACACCAGCCGACACAUCAGAAACAACACCCUCAACCACGUCAGAGACUACACCAGCCGACACAUCAGAAACAACACCCUCAACCACGUCAGAGACUACACCGGUCGACACAUCAGAAACAACACCCUCAACCACGUCAGAGACUACACCGGUCGACACAUCAGAAACAACACCCUCAACCACGUCAGAGACUACACCAGCCGACACAUCAGAAACAACACCCUCAACCACGUCAGAGACUACACCAGCCGACACAUCAGAAACAACACCCUCAACCACGUCAGAGACUACACCGGUCGACACAUCGGAAACAACACCCUCAACCACGUCAGAGACUACACCAGCCGACACAUCAGAAACAACACCCUCAACCACGUCAGAGACUACACCAGCCGACACAUCAGAAACAACACCCUCAACCACGUCAGAGACUACACCAGCCGACACGUCAGAGACUACACCAGCCGACACGUCAGAGACUACACCGGUCGACACAUCAGAAACAACACCCUCAACCACGUCAGAGACUACACCGGUCGACACGGAGACAACACUUACCACCAGUUCGGAGACCGAAAAUGCAACUUCAAAAUGGAGAAGAGAUGAGAAAGACACAACCACUACGUCGAAGACAACACCAGUCACCACCUCAGACGAAACCACUUCUAGCCCAAUUUCAGAAACUACAACCUCCGACGAUACAGAGACUACACCUACCACUACCUCAGAGACAAACCCAGUCACAUCGUCAGAGACAACACCUGUCACCAGCUCAGAGACAAUACCUUGGGCUACCUCAGAGCUCAGAGACAACACCUGUCACCAGCUCAGAGACAACACCUUCUGA